GUUCGGGAGAGUGGCGCCCGUCACGUGACAGAGGCUUAAAGGGGAAGCGGCGGCGGAGCCGUGCGGGUGGGCGCCCAGGGUAGUGGCAGCGCGGGGCGCGCCGGCCGCGCGGACAGGCCCGCGGAGGUGGCGGCGGCGGCGGCAGCAGCAACGCCGGCAGGCCCCCAGCCAUGGCCGACGACCUGAAGAGGUUUCUGUACAAGAAGCUGCCGAGCAUUGAAGGACUUCAUGCUAUUGUAGUCUCAGACAGAGAUGGUGUGCCUGUUAUCAAAGUUGCCAAUGAUAAUGCUCCAGAACAUGCACUGCGACCUGGCUUUCUGUCCACCUUUGCCCUUGCCACAGAUCAGGGCAGUAAACUAGGACUUUCUAAAAACAAAAGUAUCAUCUGCUAUUACAAUACGUACCAGGUGGUGCAGUUCAAUCGCUUACCUUUGGUAGUAAGUUUCAUUGCUAGCAGCAAUGCCAAUACUGGGCUGAUUGUAAGUUUAGAGAAGGAGCUUACGCCCCUGUUUGAAGAACUGAGGCAGGUUGUUGAAGUUUCUUAACCUGAUGGUGUAGCCGGAGUGCAGCAUCCUUCUGCAGCCCAGUGGACAGAAAGAUUCAAUAAUCCUCAGUCAAAUAACACGUCUCAGAAGAAAUACCGCAGCUCCUUAGUAUACUAAGUAAGAGUAAAUUGUACAUAGUACUGAAUCUGAAGCGAUCUACUAGUGUGUUGUAGGUGGAUGUUUACUUUAGGCCAUGCUUCUUGUAUUGUGCAGUACUGGAGAGACCACCAAAAUAGCUCCCAUGGAGUUUAGCUCAGCCAGCUGAGCCAGAUCGGCAUGAUGCUGUUGGCUCAAAUGAGCAACCCACAGAUCUCUUGCUUUACAGGGAACCGGGCAUGUGGUGGGGUGUAUUCUCAGGCCAGCCACCGCUGCGUGUUGGAAAGCAGAUCGGUUGUCUAGUGUUAUCAAAGAUGUGGUUGGAAGAGUAUUGUGAGAGCAAGCUUACUAGCAGUGAUGUGUCGGUACAAUCAAUAAAUAUCCCGGCUUUCUUAUGUGGGUGAUACUUUGGCAAGGGAAUGCUACUAAUCUGGAUGCUAGCUGCAUCCUGCUUCCACUAAGAAGAAAGCUAUUUCUAUGAAAGCUGUUGCUUUAGGGGUUUUCCUGAUGCCCAGAUAAAAGCACCUGAACAAUGUCUCACGUCUUCAUGGGGUUUUUGUGUAAUAUGGUUGUGAAGAUCUCAUGUCUCAUAGUCUUUGUGUGGGUUCAUCACUGGUGACACUCUCAGCUCAUUUACCCUUAGGUUUUCCUAAGUAAAUAAAUAUAAAUAAAAUACAGUAUUUUUAAAUGACA